CACAAUCUUCACCUCACCUCUUCGGACUUGCUUCUCCUCCCUCUAUUCUCACUCUGGCUGGAGAGAAAAUCAACACAGGAAAAGGGGAAAACCUCACCACCACAGAAUUGAGAAGAGAACCUCCGGGGAAAAGGGUGUCUGGAUUUCCUCUCUCCGAGGAUUUUACAUGGUGCGGAUUCUUCCCAUGGCCGCCUCAAUCCGUCCGUCCCUCUCUUCCUCUUUCAUACUCUGCAACAAAACCGCCACUUCUCGCUCCACCGCCGCCGUUUCUCUUAAUUCCUUCGCCUCCCCUUCGUCCCUGCGAUUGCCUUCCCUCUCCAGCGCUAUUCGACAGUCGGAGCUAUUUGGCUUGGAACCCUCUAAACCAUGGAGACAAGGAUGCACCAGCCUCAGGGUUGCUGCAGCUGGAAAUAUGGCACAAGCUAGCACAACUACAACCCCAGAAAAUGCACUCGAGUGGGUCAAGCAGGAUAAACGUCGAAUGUUACAUGUUGUUUAUCGUGUUGGGGAUUUGGACAGAACCAUAAAAUUCUACACGGAGUGUUUGGGGAUGAAGCUGCUGAGAAAGCGGGACAUACCAGAGGAGAGAUACACAAAUGCCUUUCUUGGAUAUGGACCUGAAGAUUCCCAAUUUGUCAUAGAGCUUACAUACAAUUACGGCAUUGACAAGUAUGACAUUGGGACUGGAUUUGGACAUUUUGGCAUUGCAGUCGAGGAUGUUACCAAGACUGUGGAACUCAUAAAGGCUAAGGGUGGCAAAGUAACUAGGGAGCCUGGUCCUGUUAAAGGAGGCAGUACAGUGAUUGCAUUUAUUGAAGAUCCCGAUGGCUAUAAGUUUGAACUCUUGGAAAGAGGGCCUACACCAGAGCCUCUUUGUCAGGUGAUGCUUCGCGUUGGUGAUCUAGAUCGAUCCAUUAAUUUCUAUGAGAAGGCUUUUGGUAUGGAGCUUCUCCGCAAACGUGAUAAUGCAGAAUACAAGACAAUACUCCUAGACAUCGUAAAUAUAUCCUCUAAAAACAUCUUACGAGCUGGUUUUGUCUUAUAUUGCUGUUAUCAGUAUACUAUCGCAAUGAUGGGUUACGGGCCUGAAGAUAAAAGUACAGUGCUAGAGUUGACGUAUAAUUAUGGAGUCACUGAAUAUGAGAAGGGAAAUGCUUAUGGUCAGAUUGCCAUAGGCACAGAUGAUGUUUAUAAGACUGCAGAAGCAGUUAAACUCUUUGGCGGGAAGAUAACUCGGGAACCAGGACCUUUGCCUGGUAUCAAUACCAAGAUCACUGCCUGCUUGGAUCCUGAUGGUUGGAAGACGGUGUUUGUGGAUAAUACUGAUUUCAUCAAGGAAUUGGAGUGAGCUUUGGAUGCACACCAAUGUAUCUGAUUCAUCAACCCCGGGUCAGAGGACCGUGUGCCACUAGACGAAUGUUGGGUUGCCAGUGACAGAACAUUGAGAUGAAAGGACCCCAAAAACGCCCAUUUUGUAGAUAAGGUAAGGUAGUUCCAUUAAGACAGCGGUAGCAAUAAAAGCCUGGCUAUAGAUAGAUUCUUUAGCAGCAGCAGCAGCAGCAAGCAAAGGGAGUCGAGAAUCGUCCGUUUUGGCUUUUCAUUCCAGUAUAUGGUUUGAGUACAAGGAAGAUUUGUUGAGAAGUUCGUUAUAUACCUCUCCUCUUUUCUGUAUUGUCAAAUUCCAUUCUGAAGCCCUGUUGCUUGUUCUACUAACCAGGAUAUGAUAAAGUUACAUUGCUAGCCUCCAGAAAUGUACAUUGCCAAACGCAUCAUGAGAUUAUUCGGAUGGCGUACGAAGUAGUUGGUGCUCUCUUUCGGUCUUUCUGUACCCCGUAUUUCGCUAUGGUUCUCGUUUCAUGACAUUGUGCCCAAAUGCCUCGUUACAAAAACGAGCCAU